AUGAAUGUCGUUAAACUGAAUGGUGUGAAAGUUUAUAAUUUAACUUCAGAAAGAUCUCUUCCUGAAUGGGCUUCGAGAUCUGAGAAAAAGAAAAUGCUCAAGAAGGAUCCAGGCGCUGAUACCCACAUAGAACUUAUUCAUGAGCUUGAGAUGCCGGAUGCUUCGACAUACAUAACGUGCUCUCCAGAUCAGAAAUAUUUGUUUGUGCUGGGCCGUUACAAACCUCGUGUUCGAUGUUAUGAAUUGAAGAACCUUUCAAUGAAGUUUGAUCGCUGUGUUGACUAUUUGCCCUUUCGAAUGGCUUGUCUCAGCGAUGAUUAUUCUAAAUUUGCUCUGUUGGAAGAGGAGCGCUGGAUCGAUAUCCACGCUGCUGGUGGUCAUCACUUCCGCUUUCGUGUUCCUAAAGCUGGUGUCGACAUUCAUUACACUCCAUCCAACUGCCAUCUUCUCAUACCUUCUACGGGCAAUGCUGUUUACAGAAUGGACUUGUGUGAAGGCAGAUUUGCAGCACCUCUUACUUCUUCUUCUUUAGUUGAAUCAGAUAGCUUCAAUGCUAGCUGCUUCAUGGAGGAAUUGGAUGUUCUGUUGGCUGGUACCACACGGGGCUCAGUUCAGGGUUGGGAUUUACGGUCUGGCGACUGGACCUUUAAUCUCGAUGUUUGGGCCUCUUCCUCACGUCCUGCAGAGUUGAAUAAGUCGGCACGCUUUGCGUGCACUACUCUUACUCACAAAGACGCCCUCAAUUUCGCUGUCGGUACAUCAGAAGGCCUUGUACAUAUUUAUGACGUUCGGCAAACCGCUAGUCCCUGGCACACCCGGGACACUGAGUAUCGAAAAUCUGUCAAAACUGUAAAUUUCCAUGAUGAUAAGGUCCUCGCCUUGGUCGCCAACUGUCUCAAGAUUUGGAAUAUUGAUACGGGGAACAUGUUUGUGGGUUUUGAAACUGGUCCUAUUGAGGUUAAUUGGAUGCACCAUUUCCCUGGCAGUGGUCUCAUCAUGCUUGCAAAUGAAGCUCCCAAGGUGUCUCGUUAUUUCAUUCCUUUGCUUGGUGAGGCACCUUACUGGUGUAGUUACCUCGAUCAGACUAUUACAGAGUUUGAACCGGAUGUUACAACUAUGUACGAUGGAUACAAGUUCCUAACUCGUCAGCAAUUGCUCCAAUACGGUAUGAUGGAUUUGAUUGGUACGAGGUUUCUUCGAGCCUACAUGCAUGGAUACUUUGUUUCAAACCAACUAUUCAUGAAGAUUAAGGAGAAAAUUUCAUCUGCCAUCGCUUCCACUAAAACAACCUCUCCGAUAGUUAAAAACGUGCAGAUCGCUUCCACUAAGGCAGAAAAAGAAGCCAUUACUGCAGCGGAGAUGGAUGAAGCGGCUUGUGAUAAGCGAUUUACCAAAUUGAAACUAUCCAAGAUGACAUGUGAUAUUGCCAAUUCUGAGUCGGACCUCAUUCGAAUUCACCAAGCACGUUUGGAGAAGAAGCGACAGAGAAAGGAACUACGCAAGAUUCGAGCUGCUCGUGCGGAUGCCCUUAUGAAUCGGGGAAGACGACGAGGUUUUUCCUACGGUGGUUUGGCUAAUCUCAAAGAAAGUGUCAGAAGAAGACUGUGUGAUCUCACUGCAGUGCCUUAUGUUCCAGAUCCCAAAGUGGAGGUUUCACGGUUGGUCCCUAUUAAGUACCCCGAAAUCGAUAUUCCCUCAGCUCUUACCCGUCCAUCCAAUUCGUCCACUGUCACAACUUCAGAUAAAAAAUGCAAGGAAACUGAAUUCCAUCGUCAAGUGUUUGAAACUCAGGCCAUUGUCGAGUAUGCCUUUCAACGUGGUAGAGAUGGGCUGUACAUGGCUAGUUCAAAAGACGUUACCUCUUCAGCGAGAAUAGGUUCUAAGUUUAGUACAUCGUCAGAAACCGAACAUGCAUCGGCUGCUAAACUCCUCUUGAAAAGGAAGGAGGUUGAAUUCUGGGAUUCCGGGAUACUCGGCCUUUGUUCCGCACCUGAUGAAUGGUUCCCAGCAGGUAUUACGACAAGAAGAAAGAGGAAAGCUCUGGAUGUUGAGCAGAGCUCAACAGGCGCUAAACGAGUGCGGUUUGAAGAAUCCACAGAACUUACGGGCUCUGAUCUUAACAACUUUCCAGAUUCGGUAUUACUCACACUUGAGGAUGCUGUUAAAGACGACACUACCUCCACGCAGCUUCUUGAUACAGCAGACGAUACUCUUGAUCCCGAAUCAGAAGUAAAAAAUCCAGCAGAGGAAGGCGAGGAUUCUGAGGAUGAGAGAUGGAAUGGCGAUCCGCCUGACCCAGAGGAUGAAGAUGGCGAUGAUUACAUGGAAACAUACUUUGACAACGGGGAAAAUGACAUUGAUGAUUUCAAUCUCCAAAUGAAUGGAGAUAUGGAUGGAGAUGAUUUGGAUGGAAUCUAUGAUUAG